AGCAGAAGCCGGGGAAUUCAAAUUCCAGCUGCGUAGAAAGAAUCCCGACGUUUCCACAGCUGUACCACUGUUGUGCGUCUGAGAGCGGAAAAGGCACGGAAAACAGGCUGUAAUUCCCUGCAAAGACGACCAAACAUGGCUCACAAACAUAUCUAUUACUCGGACAAGUAUUACGAUGAUAAAUUCGAAUACAGACAUGUGAUGUUGCCGAAGGAACUUGCCAAACUGGUCCCCAAGAGCCACCUGAUGUCAGAGACGGAGUGGAGAGGCAUCGGAGUGCAGCAGAGCCAGGGCUGGUGCCACUACAUGAAGCAUGAGCCAGAACCACACAUCCUCCUGUUCCGGCGGCCCAUCACCACUCCGCCAGAGCAGCAGUGUCACUAGUGACCGCACCGCGCGUCUGCUUGGAACCAUGUACAGACCACACACUCAGGUGCCGCGGCAGGACAACUCAUGACAUCAUCAUGACAUCAUCAUGACAUCAUGGCAGCUGAUCAGCAACCACCAAACAGUACAAACUAGAGUUGAACAGAUGUUGUCUCCAAAGGUUGUCACCACACAAGUGCUAUUUUGUCUGUGCCCUACAUUUUCUUAACUUAAUAAUCGUAUCUUCUCUAUAUCCUGUCUCCCUGUUCUAUGCUAAGGACUUUCAUCACUGUAUUGAUAACACUGCAAGUUUGCAACAUGUAAAUAUUACAAUCACUACUAUCAUAACAGCAAUGUUGCAGUAUCAAUAGAUAACAACAAAGUCAUGGAAUGUCAACUAAACACUCUCUUCCGUCUUUUUAAGAGUUCCCAUUUAAUAUCUGUAGAAGUACAUGUCUGUAUGGACUAGGUGCUGAAAGUACAAUAGUAAUGCAAAAUGUUGUAAGGAUACGGGAAGACAAUUAUAGUGAUGUAAGAACCUACAUAGUUUCAGCCUUAGUCAGUUACCAGUAGGACCUCUUGCAUUAACUUCCCUUAGUUAUAGUAGCUCUUUUCUAUUGUAUGUAUUAGAGUAUAUUGUUGAAUAAAGUUCGGAUAAUAAAA